AUCAGAGGUCUAUUUGUGAAGUUGAUGAUCUCACCCUGCCCGAGUUGUGAUGUGGGGGUGCACCAUGGCAAUACAAGGUUCAAUAGUGAGCCUGGCUUUACUGUUCUUUGGGAUUCAAGCUGUUCCUAACCCCACCAGCAAACUAGUGAGGACCACAAGGGUGAGGCGACAGGUUCCCGAAGGUGGGGGUCCCUCUAGCAACCAGACCCAGGCCAUGAUCUUCAAUCAUGUAUACAACAUCAAUGUACCUCUAGAGUCACUCUGUUCUGUGGACCUUGACACGGUACCAGGGCCAGGGACAAACAAAGGUACAUCUGGGAGUGACUAGAUGCCGACAGAGUACACAGAAGAGAGAGUGGACUCGGACAGCCAGGUGACCUUCACCCAUCGCAUCAAUAUCCCAAAGCAGGCCUGUGCUUGUCCUGCGGCUGCCACCAUGGAACAGCUGGCUAGCCGUAUAGAGAUGCUGGAGAGGGAGGUGUCCUUGCUUCGAGCACAGUGUAGCUCCAGCUGCUGUGGAGAGAGCUCUGUUAUUGGUCACUUCGACUUCGUCCCUCAGUGUGGCCAUGGCACGUUCAGCAUGGAGGUUUGUGGGUGUGUUUGUGAAGAAGGAUGGAUUGGCAAAAACUGUUCUGAAGCCCGCUGCCCAGAUGACUGCUCUGGCCAGGGCAUUUGCAUCGAAGGCGAGUGUGUAUGUGACCGUAACUUUGGCGGUGAGAACUGCUCGGAGCCUCGAUGUCCAGGUGAUUGCUCAGACAGGGGGUUAUGCAUUGAUGGCGAGUGUGUUUGUGAGGAAGCCUAUGCUGGGGAGGACUGCUCGCUGGGCAGAUGUCUGAAUGACUGUUCAGAUCAAGGAACCUGUGUGAACGGAACCUGCCAGUGCCGACCCGGCUUCCUGGGGGAAGACUGCUCUCUCAUCUUCUGUGCUAAUAACUGCAGCCAGAAAGGGGUGUGUAAGGAUGGUUUCUGCGCCUGUCAAGAGGGAUAUACAGGAGAUGACUGUGCUUCAGUGUCACCUCCUAUGAAUCUGCAAGUUCGGGGUGUGUCAGAGAACACCAUUGAUCUGGAGUGGGAGGGGCCUGUGAUCCUGACAGACUAUCUCAUCACUUACGCCCCCACAACCCCUGGUGGAGUACAACUAGAGAUCAGAGUCCCAGGAAAUGUUACCAACACCACCCUCAAAGGAUUGGAGCCGGGUCUGGAGUACAACAUCAAUUUGUACGCCGUGAUCGACAACAUCAUCAGUGCCCCAAUGAACACCUUAGUCUCCACCUAUCUCUCGAAUCCAGACGGUUUACUCUUCAAAUCCAUCAUGGAGACGUCCGUGGAGGUUCAGUGGCAACCCUUAGACUACUUGUUUGAUGGUUGGGAAAUAAGCUUCAUUCCCAAGGACAAUGAUGGAGGGAUGACAGCACAACUACCCAGUACCAUCACGUUGUUCCACCAAACAGGGCUGCGGCCUGGGGAAGAAUACACUGUCAACCUUGUGGCCUUGAAAGACCAAGGAAGGAGCCAGCCUGUUACUGCAACCGUUAUCACAUUGAUCGAUGGGCCAACACAGCUUAUUGUACGAGAUGUCUCAGACACGGUUGCCUUUGUGGAGUGGAGCCCACCCAAGGCUAAAGUGGACCAGAUUAUAUUGCGGUAUGGGCUGGUAGGGGUGGAUGGACCAAAGACCACCUUUCGCCUGCAGUCUACUCUGAGCCAGUACUCCCUCCAAGUCCUGAGGCCUGGAUCCACAUAUGAAGUAUCAGUCAGUGGAGUCCAGAAUGGCACUGAGAGUGGAGCCAUUUCCACAGAGUUUACCACAGUGACAGUAAAAUGCAUUGCUUAUGUGCAUAGCGUAUUGCUCAUUUUUAAAAUCACUGUCUAUCUUUUACUAAUUUUCUUUCUCUCCUUUUUAGAUUUACUGCCUGGCACAGAGUAUGGCAUAGGAAUUUCAGCAGUUCUAGGUGCCAACCAAAGCACCCCAGCUACGAUGAAUGCCAGAACGGGUCUGGAUGUCCCCUUGGAUUUGGCUGUCACAGCCUCCACAGAUAAUACCAUCACCCUGUUGUGGGGCACAGUGCAGGGGCCUAUUGAUCACUAUAGGGUGACCUACACUUCCUCCACUGGAGCCACAACUGAGCUGACGGUGCCCAAGGAUGUCACCACCACCACACUGACAGGUCUAGAGCCAGGCACUGAGUACACCAUUACAGUUGCAGCACAGAGAGGCAGACAGAAGAGCACUGCAGCCACUAUUGAUGCCUUUACAGGGUUCCGCCCUAUCACACAGCUCUUCUUCUCUGAUGUCACUUCUGAUUCAUUGACUGUGGCAUGGAGUGCACCGGCACCGCCUGCUGACGCAUUCAUCUUGAACUACAAUGCUCAGGACUCCAGUGAUGAUUCUGAGAUUGCUCUAGACGGGUCCAAAACCAGAAUCACCCUCACUGGUCUCCUGCCCUCCAGGCGGUACACUGUUACCUUGGUUACCAUGCAUGGCAAUGUGACCUCAAAGCCAAUUAUUGGCUCAGUCACAACAGGAAUGGACCCCCCCAGAGAUAUGACUGUGCAGUACGUCACAGAGGAAUCUGUAACCAUUUCAUGGAUUCAACCAUACGCAUCCUUUGAUUACUACAAAAUGUCUUACCAAUCACCAAAAGGUAGGAUGGACAAUGUGGUGAUUGACAAUGAUGUCACCAACUACACCUUAACCAGCCUCCAUCCAGCAACGGAGUAUGAAAUCAAGCUGAAUGCAGUGAGAGGAAGCCAAGAGAGCAAGGUCAUCACCACUACUGUCUUCACAGCUAUGGACAUGCCUAUGGACCUCACUGCAUUGAAUGUUACACCUCAGGGGGCUCUGCUACGUUGGAACCCCCCUGUUUCCAGUGUUGAUAGCUACGUGCUCACCCUCACCCGUAACCAAGUUAUGGCAGACACCUUCUUAGUGGAGGGUAACAAGCAGGAGUACCAGCUGAGUCAGCUCAUCCCCAGCACCACCUACUCAGUGGCUCUUUAUGCUUCUAAAGGUCCUCUCACCAGUGGCACUGUCAUCGCCAACUUUGUCACACCCAUGGAUGCGCCACAGAACCUGACAGCUAGUGAGAUUAACCAUCGAAGCGCCCUCAUAUCCUGGCAGCCGCCCAUCGCAGACAUCGAUAACUACAUGCUGACCUACAAAGCAGCGGAUGGCAGUCGAAAGGAGCUGAUCUUAGAUGCUGAAGACACAUGGAUCCGUCUCGAGGGGCUGGCGGAGACCACCGAAUAUACUGUGAGACUGCAAGCCGCUAGAGGAAUAGAGACCAGCGCCAUUGUUUCUACAUCUUUCACAACAGGAAACCGAUUAUUUCCCACGCCACAGAACUGUGCGCAACACCUCCUGAACGGAGAGACGCUGAGCGGAAUUUACACCAUCUACAUCAACAGAGACCUCAGCCAAGGUGUGCAGGUUUACUGCGACAUGACCACCGACGGAGGCGGCUGGAUAAUGUUCCAGCGACGUCAGAACGGUUUGACUGAUUUCUCCAGGAAGUGGAGUGACUACAAGAUCGGCUUUGGCAACCUGGAGGAUGAAUUCUGGCUCGCCUUGGACAACAUUCAGAAGAUUGCAGCUCAAGGUCGUUAUGAGCUCCGCAUUGACAUGAAAGAUGGCCAGGAGUCUGUAUAUGCCAACUAUGACAGGUUUUCCAUUGGAGAUUCCAAGAGCCUCUACAAACUGAGGAUAGGAGAGUAUAAUGGCACUGCAGGUGACUCUCUAAGCUACCACCAGAGCAGACCUUUCUCUACCAAGGACAAGGACAAUGAUAUCGCUGUCACCAACUGUGCAUUGUCCUACAAGGGAGCCUGGUGGUACAAAAACUGUCAUCGGGCAAACCUUAACGGCAAAUACGGAGAGUCCAGACAUAGUCAGGGUAUAAACUGGUAUCACUGGAAAGGCCAUGAGUUUUCCAUCCCUUUUGUGGAGAUGAAGAUGAGACCUUUCAACUACUGCAGCAUCAGUGGCAAACGGAGGAGGGAGACCCAUUAAUCUACCGUCCUACUAGCUGUUUCUAUUUUUAAAUAGGGCGAGGAGAACAGAAGGAGUGAUGGAACUUAUGUAAAUCUUUGAAUGACAAAAUCCCUUGGACGAAUGUCUGAUGUAAAUUGUAAACCUUGAGGUUCAGUGACUUUCUUAUGCGUAAUGCUAUUUGUUCAGUUCUGGGAGAUUGAAGACUAGGUAAGCUUUGGUAUUUUUAGCAUGUGUGCAGUAUGAGGCCUGUGGAAAGAACCUCAUUAUUAAGUGAAGAAAAUAGAUAAUUUCUCCCUUUGAGAUAAAAGAAUUUAGAAGAAAAUUAAUGCCCCUUAAAAUGAGAUGCUUAUAUUUUUAUAAAUGAUGAGAAAUACCUUUAAAAAAGUAACUGAAUGAUUUUUGGUCAGUUUUGAUUCAUGUUCAUGUGACCCAUUACAGUGUUAUAUUUUGCAUUUACUGCACCCUGAAGCCAACAAUAUUUG